GAGGGCAGCAGCCGCUUUGAAGCAACAGGAAGACGCAGGAGAAGAAGAUGCCAUGUUGGGGUGUUGUUUAUGUUUCAUAAACAGACUUUAUGCAUCAUUAUAGACUUUAUGUGUUUUAUUAUAGACUUUAUAUAAACUGAUAAACGUGCCGUUAAUGCUCCGUUUCUCUCCGCGCUCCUCAAACACGGUCAGAAAUGUCAGGGGACGGUGAAACAGCCGGUGGAGGUGCCGGGCUGCAGCCUUUGUGUGACCCGCCUCAGCAGAGCUUUAACUCGGCCCCGGAGCUCAGCGUGAGCCCUUCCUCCAGAUUCCUGCAGGUCGAGCUGGAGUUGAACACCCACCUGCGGCGGCUCACCUUCAGCGAGCCCGUCCGGUACAUCUACAACCCGCUGGAGUACGCCUGGGACACGCACCGCUGCUACGUGGAGAAGUACUGCCAGGGCGGACAGCGCGUCCUGUUUCUGGGCAUGAAUCCUGGACCCUUCGGCAUGGCGCAGACCGGGGUCCCCUUCGGGGAAGUGAAGUCUGUCGUUGAUUGGCUGAAGAUCACAGGGGAGGUCGGUCAUCCUUCUGACGAGCAUCCAAAGCGACGGAUCACAGGACUUGCCUGCACUCAGAGUGAAGUGAGCGGUGCACGUUUCUGGGGCUUCUUCAGGAAGUUGUGUGGUGAGCCGUCACUGUUCUUCCAGCACUGCUUCGUGCACAAUCUGUGCCCGCUCAUUUUCAUGAGUGCCAGUGGAAAGAAUUUAACCCCCCCUGAGCUGCUUUUACGUGAACGGGAGGCCCUCCUGGCCCUCUGUGACAUUGCACUGUGCCAAGCGGUGGAGGCGCUGGGUGUCUCCAUGGUGAUUGGGGUUGGGAGGGUAGCAGAGCAGCGAGCGCGGCGUGCCCUGUCUGCUGCAGGCGUCGAGGGUGUGCGAGUCGAGGGCAUCAUGCAUCCGUCACCCAGGAACCCGCUAGCCAAUAAGGGCUGGGAGGAAGUAGCCAAAGCCAAACUUUCAGAACUUGGUGUCAUGUCAAUGUUAAAAAAAGAGUGAGCAGUGGAUCAGGAUGUGAGGACUCAGUGAUUAAUGGUUCAGAGUACAGAUUACUCUGUGUGUUUGUCAGCUUCAGUGACAGCAAACGGAGCAUGUCUGUCGUUUCAUUUAUUUACAGAUCAGUGCAUGCAGGGCGCUUUUCACUGAAAGAAAAAAAAAACUCUAUACACUAAUGUAACUAUAAGGAGCUUUGGAUCUAUGUGUAUGUUAAUAUUCAAAACAUAAGCUCAGAGUUUGUGAUUUUUUUUUUGUCUGGGAAUUGCUUUUAUUAAACGUCUUAAGACUGUACCUUGUAACUAUCCUUAAUGUCCAUGUGUAAACUUUGAAUUAAGCUCCACAACAAGCAUUACAGCUUGUCCCAGUCUGUAUUAGACAAUGAUGAUACACACUGGGACACCCAGUGACCUCUAAACGUGACCAUAGAAAAUAAAUGUCCAGAUAAAUGCACAUAUUAGACAUUUUAAUUUACCUGCAAAUGGUAUUAAUUCACCAAAAUGAACAAUGGUCAUUAGAACUAACUAAAAAAAAAGGUCCUGCAUGUUUUAUGUAAACAAAAAGAGAAGGUCCUCCUCAAGAAGAAAAAACGUAUACACUUAGUUAAAAGUAUUCUUCAUGUAUUCUUUUAAAAAUUUCUCUUUUAAUUGUCAUUGAUUUUGUUUGUGUUUUAUUUGUUUGCACAUUGAUUUUGUCCACAGUUUUUUACUACUUCUGUGUAUUUCUUGGCU